UUCCCUGAGGGUGAACAACACUAUCAAUAACCGUUAUGCUUAUCGGUAUUAAUCCAUUAUGAUACUCGUAGAAAUGCACGACCGUCACCAUCAUCACGGAGAGUGAGUGGAGUGGAACCAAAGUCUUGCGAUUGGCACCUGAAAUUGACGCUUCUGUCAGCAUGUUUUGGCUCUAUUCAUAGUAUCUGAGGUCACUUUCAGUAAUACUAGAGUAGUAACCUACAUAAUCUGCAUCAUUGUCGCGUAUUAGGAGCAUAAUGAUAUUGGCGAUUAGUGAAUGUGACUUUAAGAGCAGCGCUGUAACUCGAGCCUCGUGCAGUGACAGCUGUAGCGGUGAGGGGAAGCGAGAGCUCGGUUACUGACCACUCGAAAAUAACGUGUCCGUCUCUUUGUUAACAACUUUCAAGACGGACUUUUGGCGACCAUGGCCAUGGCCGACCUGUUCGGCAGGACGUGUAUACUUGCGUUUGCGCUGGUGGCCACUGUUUUACAAGUCAGUGCAAAUGAGGAGUCACAGUUAAUCGCAGAUAAGUUUAAGAACUACAAUAAAAAUAUUCGACCGGCAAGACACCCUAAUGAAAAAGUGAAGGUUCAGGUCAAGUUAACCCUCACCAACCUCAUCUCCUUGAAUGAAAAAGACGAGACUCUAACUACAAAUGUUUGGAUUGAGAUUCAAUGGCACGAUUACCGCCUUGCAUGGAAUACAUCUGAGUAUCAUGGCAUUAGUCUGAUCCGUGUGCCAUACAACACUGUGUGGCUACCAGAUAUAGUAUUGGAAAACAACAUUGAUGGCAAGUUUGAUGUGGCUUACUACGCUAACGUGCUGAUUUCGAGCGAUGGCUCCAUGUACUGGCUUCCCCCUGCCAUCUACCGCAGUACCUGUGCUAUUGAGAUCACCUAUUUCCCUUUCGACUGGCAAAACUGCACACUAGUCUUCAGGUCUCAAACAUACAGUGCAAAUGAAAUUGAUAUGGUAUUGGCAGAAGAUGCAGAUACAGGAAAGCCUAUUGAGUGGGUGGACAUUGACCCUGAGGCCUUCACAGAGAACGGGGAGUGGGCAAUAAAGCAUCGGCCCGCUCGUAAGCUGACAAACCCACGUUACUCUCCUGAUGAUCUGGAGUACCAAGAGGUGUAUUUCAACCUCAUCAUCCAGAGAAAACCACUCUUCUAUAUCAUCAACAUCAUCCUGCCCUGCUCUCUCAUCUCCUCUCUGGUUGUUCUGGCCUUUUUUCUACCUGCAAAAGCUGGAGGGCAGAAGUUGACCGUGUCCAUUUCUGUACUCUUGGCUCAGACUGUGUUUCUCUUCCUGAUUGCUCAAAAGAUUCCAGAAACGUCACUUUCUGUUCCUCUUAUUGGCAAGUAUCUAAUUUUUGUCAUGUGUAUGACUACACUGAUUGGGACCAACUGCAUCAUUGUCCUCAACUUCUCCCUCCGUAGUCCUAGUACACACAACAUGUCGCACACCAUCAGACAUAUUUUCCUUGAGGUGGUCCCUCGUUUCCUUGGCAUGGCCCCAUUUCUGGAUGAGGAGGAGCCUAGCAGUGGGAUGUAUGAAAUGAGGGAGAGACGGCGCAGUUCUUUUGGACUGAUGCAGAGGGCUGAGGAAUAUGUUUUGAAACAGCCACGCAGUGAGAUGAUGUUUGAUAAACAAAGAGAGAGACAUGGACUCAUGCGCACAAUUGUGGAUGAAAUUGAUGUGAGCAGUACGGCAAACCUUUACAAGAGUCUGGCAAAGACAGCACCAGAAAUAAAAGAGUGUGUGGAUGCCUGUAACUUCAUUGCUGAAUCCACUAAGCAGCAAAAUGACAUUGGAUCUGAGAUGGAGAGUUGGGUGCUGAUUGGUAAGAUGAUUGACAAGGUUUGUUUCUGGGCAGCCAUCUUGCUAUUCUCUGUUGGCACAGUGGCCAUCUUCCUCAUGGGUCACUACAACCAGGUACCUGAGUACCCAUUUUCUUGGGAGAACAAAAAGUAUGUACCUGAGUAGAGAAGUCUCCAGAGAAGAAACAAGCAAAGAGACACUCCUUUCUGCUUAUCUGACACACAAAAUAAAUACCAAGACAGGUUUUAUAGAGUACAGUAAGCUGCACAUGAUUUGAACAGGAUCGUUCGACUUACAGUAGUACGUGAUCUUGUCUUAUACUUGAGUCAAGAAUGCUCAGAUUUUUUACACUAGGGGGAUUUUUUACAGAAAUGUACAUUUUGCUUAUAUUUAUGCAAACUAUAUUAAUUAGUGAAAUGAUAAGGAAUAAAUAAGCUAAUGAUUUCAGCUUAUUUCAUACCAUAGUGGUUCUCCAGUUUAUUGUGGCUGCCUUUUGUAAUGCCUCAAAUCAGGUUAUCAUAUGUAAACAGUAUGUGGUACUGUUAACAGUGUGUUACAUCAGCCACUUUUUAUACAGUGAUUUAGUUUUAGUAUUAUAGAAGUGCAUGUUUAUUUUUGUUUAUUCUAUCUCAUGUAUUUCUUUGUCAAAAUGUUAUUUUAAUUUUGCUUAUGCAAUUUUGCAUUAAGUUUAUUAUUUGCUUAUUAUUUACUCUCUCUCUCUUUCUCUACAUUACCAGUCAAACAUUUUUGGACAGAAAAAGACGUCUCUUCUGCUCACCAAGCCUGCAUUUAUUUGAUCCAAAAUACAGCAAAAGAAGUAAUAUUGUGAAAUAUUUUACUAUUUAAAAUAACUAUUUCUAUUUAAAUAUAUUUUAAAAUGUAAUUUAUUCUUGUGAUUUCAAAGCUACAUUUUCAGCAUCAUUACUCCAGUCUUCAGUGUCACAUGAUCCUUCAGAAAUCAUUAUAAUAUGCUGUUCAAGAAACAUUUAUUAUUGUUAUUAUUAAUAUUUAAUAUUUUUAAUAUGAUUUAAAAUAUGUAAAACGGUUUCAGGAUUCGUUGAUGAAUAAAAAGAUCCAAAUAUCAGUAUAUAUGUGAAAUAAAAAGCUUUUGUAACAAAAGGGAAGAAAUUAUAGAAAUUAAUACUUUUAUUU